UCCUGUGUGAUUGGAGAAACUUCCCCGAAAAUCCUGCUUUGGCGAGUCGGAACUUUCAGUGUUUUUCAGAUUGGAGUAGGACCAGUAGGCUUCUUCCGUUCAACAGUUAUAGGAUCCUCACUCAGUUUCGACUGAGUUGGAGCAGGGCGGUGACGAACUCCCGAGUCCCCAACAAUGUCGGCUUCACCAGGAAACACUGCUUCUGUCACCGACACAGAAAACCCUUCUCACGAAGUAAUCAACUCGUUCGAUACCCUGCCCUUGAACGCCGGUGAUUCUAUCGAGCAACUGCGUCCUAAAACCCCCGACGAAGUAGGAACAGCGGCGGCGGCGGGGAGCGACGGAUUAAGCGAUACAGCAGCGGCCGGUGAAGAAACACAACCAUUGAAUCUUGAGUCAGAGGACUGCUUGGGUUCACUAGGUGAGAAGCGUAAGAGAGAGGAUACCGAGGCUGAGGAGGCAAACGGAGAAGCCAAAGAUGCCACCAAUCCGUUGUGGAAGACAACUCUCUGUUCGUAUUUUAGGCGCUCAUCGGGGUCAUGUAGCCAUGGGGACGGUUGCAGGUAUGCCCAUGGCGAAGAAGAACUGCGGGUUCGGCCGGAUAACACUUGGGACCCAACGUCGGAAAGGGCAAAGAAGCUAAUGAAGUGCGAGAAUGGAGAGAGAGUUACUAAUUCUUCUGAUGUAGGGGAAAACGUUCUCAUGACAGAUGCUUUAGUCUAUUCGUCUGAUCCCUCCCUUGCCAAAUGCUUGGUGCAUCUCCCGCGGAACUGGACUUCAGACAAAUUAAGGAGCCAUCUUACCGAACAGGGAAUUUCGUUUGAAACAGCUAAAAAGAAGAAGGGUAUGACUGUUGGUUUCGUGACCUUUGAAAGUACAGAGCAGGUUAAAAAUGCAAUUGAGAUGCUGGAUGGAAAACCUAUAGCCAGUAGGCAUGUAAAGGUUGCGGAUAUUAUUCCACGAUCAUUUGAGAAUAAAACUAGAUCGACAAUCCCUCCUACUGAGAGUAACAAGCAACAUACAGAGACUUUCUUGACCAACGAUAAUCCAGGUGCUUCUGUCUUUUCAAAUAAUUGUCAGGAUCCUGACUCUGUUGAGAAGAGUGAGUUAGUAAUUGAUGGUUCUGUUUCAAGCAAAAGAAAUGUCAGUGAUGUGGUGACCCCCCUUGCUCAUAUGCCCUACAGUGAUCAGUUGGAGCACAAGAAAAGUUCCCUCCUACAAACUCUUAAAAAACUUAGUCGAAAUGCACGUAAAGCCUGUCCAGAUAAAGUUCCCCUUCCAGAGUGGAUUCUCAAGUCUAGGGAAAUUGGUGGUCUUCCAUGCAAACUAGAGGGUAUUCUUGAAUCACCUCUUGUGAAUGAAUACCGAAACAAGUGUGAGUUCUCAGUUGGAUAUUCCGUAGAGGGCAAACUAACUGUAGGAUUUAUGCUUGGAAACUUCAGGGAGGGUGUGACUGCAGUUGAGGAGCCUGUGGGCUGCCCAAACGUUUCUAGAAUUGCUUGCAGAUUUGCCUUGAUCUUCCAAGAGUUUUUACAACAUUCAACUUUUCCAGUCUGGAACAGAAUAAAUAAUACUGGCUUUUGGCGUCAGUUGACGGUUCGAGAAGGCCGUGAUCCAGGUCAGACUGUUGAGACUGGAAAUCCAGUAUCCAACGUCUCAGAAGUCAUGCUUAUGGUUCAGGUUUGCUCAUUGGGUGUUGAUGAUGAACUGAUAACAAGUGAAUUCGAGAGAAUGGUUCAACAUUUUGUUUCAGGAGCUGCUGAAAAUUCACCUCCUCUUCCUCUAACAGCAUUGGUAAUUCAGGAUCACACAGGAAUAUCAAAUGUUGCGCCGGCUGAUGCCCCUUUGCGCCCACUAGCCAUACAAAAGGCAGGAGCCACUAGUGGAUCAGAUGCCUUAAAUAACACUGCAGAAGCUAGAAUUCAUGACUACAUCUGCAAUCUUCGCUUCUCUAUAUCACCAACAGCUUUUUUUCAGGUUAACACUCUUGCUGCAGAAAAGUUAUACUUGCUUGCUGGCGAAUGGGCUGGGCUGGGUCCUGAUACCUUGCUUUUUGAUGUAUGUUGUGGAACUGGAACAAUUGGCCUAACAUUAGCUCAUCGAGUUGGUAUGGUUGUUGGCAUUGAAAUGAAUGCUUCUGCAGUCUCUGAUGCUCACAGGAAUGCAGAGAUUAAUGGCAUAAAAAACUGCAGGUUUGUCUGUGGGAAGGCAGAGGAUGUGAUGGGAUCUCUCUUGAAAGAGUAUUUAAAUGUGCCACCCAAGAAAGACGUAACUGAUAAUGUCCCUGUAAGCAGUGGCGAAGAAGAUACACAUGAUAGAGAGAAAAAGGAAGAUGCCUCUGUGGACAAAAUACCAGAUCUUGAAGAGAAAUCAAAAUAUGAAUUGAGUGAUGUUAAAAGUGCAUCAGGCUGUCCAAAUAUAGGUGGGGAUGAAUAUGAAGAACCAAUCAAGAAUAGCUGCAUUUUGGAAGAUAAUAAUAAAGUGCCCAACUAUAAAGAGGUUGUUGCCAUUGUUGAUCCUCCACGUGUUGGUCUUCAUCCUGUUGUUAUUAAAGCUUUAAGGACUCAUCCAUGUUUACGGCGGCUUGUUUACAUCUCCUGCAACCCUGAAAGUUUAGUGGCAAAUGCGAUUGAGCUUUGUACACCAUCCACUGACAAAACUGAGCGAGGGAAUAAGAACAACCGGGCGUGGAGGAACAUGAGCAGUGCAGGUCUGGCAAGACACAGGGCCAAGUCCAUGCCCAACUCAGAACCUUUCCGACCUGUCAAAGCAAUGGCUGUCGAUCUCUUCCCGCACACCCCACACUGUGAACUGGUGAUGCUUCUGGAGAGGUAAAUAGGGUGAAUCCAUUAAAUGUCCUAGCUUACUGCAGAUUUUUUUUUUUUUGGGGGGGGAUGAAUAGCUUACUGCAGAUUAUCAACACAGGAGAUCCUACAUCUUUUUUCUUCAAUUAAUAUUUCACAUAAGUUUUGUGUUGUAUUUAAGAGUUAAAAUAAAAUUUUGAGGUUAUUUUCUGUGCA